CUCUCUCCCUCCGUCUUGGCUUGCCAUUCCUCCCUCUUCCUUGCUGCGCACUGCAAACCAACCAAACCUUCCUCCCUUGGCUCUCUCUCUCUCUCUCUCUCUCUCUCUCUCUCUCCGCCCUGCGUGAACCGCGGAGCAAGAAGUAAGGGGGCCGUUGCCUCGUUUGGGGGGCUGGGACUGGGAGGACGCCUACAAAUCGGUCGCCUCUCCAAUUCGGGCGCGGUUUGGGCUGGGAGGAAAGCAAUCCGUUGGGGCUGUAGCCCCCAUCGGGGGUGCGGAUUGAAGGAAUCGUCCCAUUUCGUGUGCUCCCCGAUCGGUGGGGGGAAGGGGGGGGGGGCGCAAGGGUUUGCUACUUUCUGUCAGGCCAUCGCAUCCUGCGCUACGCGAUUGGGGAUUCGGCCAUCGAGCCUGCGCUGCGCGAUUGGGGAUUCGGCCAUCGGCGGGGCGAAGUGACGGUUCGGCGCCACUUUUCCCCAAUACUGAUUUAAUUUGCCUGGAACCCGAGAUGGGAUUGUAAUCACGGUCGCUGUUCUGUGCGGCUCUCUGAGGGUUUCAUCCAUCCUUGAGUGGGAAGGAAGGAACCCUUGGAUAUCCGUCUCCAUGGCGUCCACUUUGUAGUUUCCGGAAUCUAACUUGGUAGUGCUAGUGUAAAUAUUAGUGGUAGCAGCUGUUGAGGAAGCUCCGGCCUCCUUAGUAGCCUCCCUGUGAAGAUGUCGUCCGCAGGUGUCAUCGCCCUCGGGCCAGUCCCGGAAGACCCUGCCUUCCUUCCCAUCUGCUUCAACGCCAGCCGCUCGCCGCACUGCUUGUCCGGGUCGCAGCUGCAGGAUUCCAUUCUUAUUUUCCUCGCUGUGCCUGGCAUGCCGCCCAUGCCCAUGAGCGUGCUGGGAUCUGAGUCCAUCGCCUCAGUCAAGCUGCGCAUCCAGCGGUUCAAGGGUUUUGUGGUGACGAAGCAGCGGCUUGUGCUGGAUGGCCAUGAGCUGGCACGCAACAAUUGCCCGGUCAAGGAUUAUGGGCUGGCCGAGGGAAAUGUUCUGCACCUUGUUAUUCGGCUAUCUGAUCUCCGGGUGAUUAACAUUGAGACUGCUGCUGGGAAGAAGUUUCAGUUUCAGGUGGACCAAAGCCGCAAUGUCAAAUAUCUCAAGACUAAGCUGGCAGAUGAGGAUGAUGAGGAUAUUGGUAACCCGGAGGAUCACAAGCUUGAGUAUGAUGGUGAGGAGCUUGAGGACCACCAGCUGAUUGCUGAUAUUAGCAAGAGGGAUGAUACCGUGAUUCACCUGUUCAUCCGCAAACCAGCAAAGGUACGAACACAGCAAGUUGAUAGAGAUACUUUGGUCACAGUUGUCAAUCCACAGGAGAAAGGCAACCUGCAAAAUGAAGCUCAUGCUGUGAAAUCUGCAAAAUCAGCUGGUUUUAGGCCUGCUCCUGUUGAACCAGUUAUUGUUAAUAGAAAAGUGAAGUUGUCACCUGAAGUGAUGAGAAUGAUAAGUUCAACCAUAGCUGGCCUGGAGAAAGGACACCUGCCUGUGAUGUCAGCUGAAGGUUCAGGUGGGGUUUACUUCAUGCGAGAUGCAACAGGUCAGAAGAUUGUGGCCGUGUUUAAGCCUAUCGAUGAGGAACCUAUGGCUGAAAACAACCCAAGGGGCCUUCCUUUGUCCACUGAUGGUGAAGGAAUGAAAAGGGGAACAAUUGUAGGGGAAGGAGCAUUUAGGGAAGUCGCAGCUUAUAUUCUUGACCAUCCAGUUGGUGAUCGUAUAUCUGGUAACAAUGUUGGGUUUUCUGGUGUGCCUCCCACAACAUUGGUCCGAAGCAUACAUAGGGGGAAGAGCUUUAAGAUUGGGUCACUGCAGAUGUUCAUGGAGAACAAUGGAAGCACUGAGGAUAUGGGUCCUAGAGCUUUCUCUGUCAAGGAGGUUCACAAAAUAGCAGUUUUAGAUAUUAGGUUAGCAAAUGCUGAUCGUCAUGCUGGGAAUAUUCUAGUGCACAAGGAGGAAGAAGGUGACAACUACAAGCUGAUUCCAAUUGAUCAUGGCUACUGCUUGCCUGAGAAGUUUGAAGAUUGUACAUUUGAGUGGCUCUACUGGCCCCAAGCCCGUGAGCCAUUCAAUGAUGAAGCCGUUGAAUACAUCAAAUCACUUGAUGCUGAAAAGGACAUCAAACUUCUCAAGUUCCAUGGGUGGGAGCUGUCUCCAAAAUGUGCUCGUGUCCUGUGCAUCAGCACCAUGCUUCUCAAGAAAGGUGCAGCUCGUGGCCUCACACCAUUUGACAUAGGGCGCGUACUGUGUAGGGGAACUGUGAAUAGAGACUCUGAGAUUGAGGACAUCAUCCAGGAAGCAGAGGAUGCUGUUCUCCCAGGGUCAAGCGAAAAUAUGUUCUUAGAAACCAUAUCUGAAAUCAUAGACCGUCACCUCGACAAGGAGUUUGCUUAGAGUUUCAGAAUAACUGAUCUAGUUGUUCCAGCUGUAUCCAGUUUGUUGUAAUUAUGUUGACAAGGCACUGGUCAAGAGACUAAUGAUUUCAUUUGUUUGUAUCCUCAAAUGAUUUCACUUGGUUGUAGUUGCUCAAGUACUUUGCUUA